AUGUCAGACGAAGUUGGCGUGCAGAUGGAUGGGGUCUCGAUCUCACGAGACUCUGGCUAUGCGGACAGUCUGAAGCAAGUCUUUGAGGGAAUGGAAAUUUACACGGGCGAUGACAAGACAGAGAUUGGAGAAGAGUUUCAUGAAUCAACCGAAGGUGUUGAAGAUUGGCCGCAACCAGCCUCAUCCUAUAUCACGGAACAGGCUGACAGGGCCAGAAUCCGUCUUUUUUGUCGUGUUUGCGGCGAGAAGGGCGAGCCAGCCGAUUUUGUCCUAUGCAGUGGCUGCGGAGCACCGCGCAUGCCUGCACAUAGGCGAUGUCUCUCCUCAUCACCCAUCCAUCAGCUAACCCGUGAUGAACCUACCAUGUAUGGCAAUGCUUGCGAGGAGAUAGACUUCCAGCAGUUCAUCUACACAUCGUCCCUGUUCGAUUCUGGAUUUCUCACAAAGGACAAAGCAUCCCUGCACGUUGAUGAUUUAUGGUCUACCUGGUUUGGUGUGGCUCACGAUCAGAGUGGCCAUUUCCCACAACUGAGCAUCUACCCACGACUGCAGACUUUGGUUGACUGCGCUACUGACAGACCAGCUCGCCAAUAUCCGAGUCUUAUCUCAUUUGUUGGCGAUACCGGGUCUGGUAAGAGUACGCUCAUCCGUGCUAUCAUUCGCAUGUUGGCACCUCGUGCCCACGACAGCUUUCAAGUUCCUGUUCAAGGCACUGCCGGUGAUGGCUUUGACUCCACGAGUAGUGAUGUGCACCUCUUUGCGGACCCUAACACCGGCUCAACUGAAGUUCCGCGUUUCUUUGUUGAUUGCGAGGGUUUCUCAGGGACCGAUACGCCAGUAGCGCGUCAGCUGGUGUCGGACGUCACGAAAGCCCCAGUCUCUCGUGCUAUGCAGGACGGUACCCUGCGAUCACCUCCCGCUCCUUCUCGAGAGGCCGCAGAUACUGUCGCACGACACACAAGCUCUGCAUCGAUCAGGGUUGACUUACAAUGGGGUAAAGUCCUUGCGCCGAUAGAGCCACCAACACCUCUUGGGAAAAAGCGACCAGGACAGGUUGAUCCGAAGUCCAGAAGCAUGGUAGUUAAAAACGUCUAUCCAAGGCUCCUCUACGCAUUCUCGGACGUUGUUUGCUUUGUUACUAAUAACUCGAGAGCUUCGCAAACCAUUCUGGAACAGAUGUUCAAGUGGGCCAAAGACGGCCACGAGAGAACGCUGAACCAGAGGGUCAGACCAGGUCUUAUCAUCGUACUCAACAAGAUGCCAAUGGACUCACACAAUAUCUUGUCAUCCAUUAAGAACGCCACCAGGCAGUUGCUCGAGAGCUUCCAAAAGUCAACGCGCUUUCAGGAACUCCAGCAGAAAUGGAGAGCCAGAGGUCGGAACAUUCAUAAUGCAGAAGAGCUCAUUCUCUGUUACUAUGACUCGUUCCGGGUCAUAUCCAUACCCCAGCAUACCCCAAGCUCACCUGCAGUUGUCCAGGUAAUCUCAGAUCAAGUCAAGAACUUAUAUAAUGAGACUCUGGCAAUGUCGGAGGAUAUUCGCCGAAAGCGCAAGUCCUUGAAUCUGGAUCUUGAUGUCUCCAGUUUGAAUGCUUAUCUACAUCGGUCUGUUAUGGCUCUGGGUCGAGACUUCCACAGUGCGCUCGACUUCCACGAGCUAUCAGAUGGUGACUCAGCGUUGCCAAGACGCUUCAGCGAACAUCUUUGUCAAGUCAUGUUUAAGAUGACCAAGCUCAGAAACUUCGACACAAGUCAGGCUACGGGCGGAGAAGCUGACCUCGUGCUUCAAAUGACGCCUUACAUCGCUGCCUGCAUUAUUGCGCAGAUUGACGAUACGAAGCACCAAGGUGGGCACUCCGAAAGACUACAAUUCACACCGCCUAUGGUAGCUGACAUUUGUACAGAUGAUAUUCAAAAGAGCAAAGAGGCACUCGUUGACGAAGCUCAACGGGGAUUGAAACGUUUCCGCGAGCAGUUCUGGAGAUGCGAAGCCAAAGACUCCAGUGGGCAACGCAGAUGCAAGAACUAUCGACAAGGUCACGACAAAGGCCAUCAAUUUGAGACCAGCAACGCCCCUCUGAAAGGCUCAGACGUUUCUGUUGAAGACAUAGAAGUUGGUCCAUAUGAGUGCUCGUACGACCCUGUAUGCUUCACGGAUCAGUUGUGGGACGAGAUAUUCAAGCUUCAGGACCGGACCCACGCUAUAGACAAGCUAGCUUCAGCCGCGACUAGCUGCGGUGUGACCGGAGCAACAACGCAAAGGACCUGCUUGUCCUGUCUUUCAAACACUCCGACAAACAUGCUUCCUUGUAAACCACGGGAGCAUGGAGUCUGUGAGGAUUGUAUCAAGAGAUGUAAUCAUUCUACGGGAGAAGAGUCUCUUAUCCAGAUGAGCUUUUGUCCACUUGGCUGCUCAUUCACAUGUACGCCAUGGAGUAUUCGUGUUAAACCACGGACUGCCGGCGCUCGCAUUUUGACGCUAGAUGGAGGUGGUAUCCGAGGCAUCAUCGAGCUCGUCAUCUUGUCCAACAUUGAGGAGGAGGUUGGUCUUGGAAUUCGCAUCCAGGAGCUAUUCGACCUUGUCAUUGGCACGAGUACUGGUGGUCUUGUCGCACUUGGAGUCUUUGAGAGAAACUGGAAGAUGGGUAACGCCGAGAACACUUUCUCGGGCCUCUCGAGACAGGCUUUCUCAAUUCGAAAGGCUCUAGCUGUCCCAGUAAUUUCCAAAUUCGCCGAGCCAUUCUGCGAUUUUAAGUACAAGAGCGCUGGCAUCAACAACUCCUUGCAGGAGGCGUUCGAGGGUGACUACCUAUUCGGACAAACCAAGAACAGGCGCAAGUCUGGUGAUCAAGUCAAGGUUGGAGUAGUCGCGCAGGUUGAAGGCCGCAAUCAGCCCUGCCUGAUUGCAAAUUAUUCCCGCAAUCCGAUUGAUAAACAGAAGGAUGGAACAGAAGCUUAUGAUUGCCUCCAAAGAGAAGAUGAGCAGAGUAAAGACUUCUUAACUUGGCAAGCCGCCCGGGCUACUUCAGCCGCCCCGAUUAUGUUCAAGCCUUACAUCCACCAACAGACUCAAAAAGUCUACAUUGACGGUGCCGUUGUGCGAAAUAAUCCCGUCAGGCUGGCAUAUAAGGAAGCAACACGAAUUUGGAAAUCUAGCACGCCACCAGAUAUCAUUGUCUCUGUCGGUACCGGAAUAUUAAUUGGACAAGAUGGAUUGUUGAAAGACAGCAAGAGCUCCCAUAUGGACACUUUCAAGGCCUUUAUUCCCAAGGGCAUCAGGAAAAAAGUCGAGACCGGGAUGGACAUGGUUCAAGCGACACUUGACUGUCGCAGAGAGUGGCUUGACUUUAGCAGCCAGCUUCGUGGUAGACCGAGAGAAAACUGCCAUCGUCUUGACGUUGGCCUCACGAGCAAGCCCCCUGCUCUCGAUGAUGUGGAAAUGAUUUAUUGGCUACGCGGAGAUGCACAGCGAUACCUUCACCAUGAGGGAGGCUCGGCAUUUAAUUACUUCCAGCGUCGAUACUCAAGCCCCAGCGACCACAUCCGUACUGUCGCCCGUCGACUUCUGGCUUCACUCUUUUAUCUAUCGGACACUCUUCCCCGAUCAAUGCGCGGAGGCAGCAUCAAGACCACGUUACACUGUCGUCUGUCACGCCACUCUGAAGGAGCUCCGGCUUUGGUCGGUAAUAUGAACGGGCCCUCAUUUCGCAUUCGCGAGGUCAACGAUAAUGGGGAGGAAAUUGUACGGCCGAUUCAAUUCUUGACUGCGGAGAAAUUUGACCAGAAGACAAUGUCGGCUCCAGUCGAGGUAGCGAUCUCUGACGGGAGCUUCGAAAGCGGAGGCUCAUAA